GCUGGUUCCAUCCAGAACUCCUGCAGACCUCCAUCAUGGCGGGUCAGAUUAAAGCUGUGGUCUCCACUCAGUGGCUCAUAAACGCCGUCAGAACCAACCAGGUCGGUCCGAAGCUGCGGAUCCUGGACGCGUCCUGGUAUCUUCCCAAAACGCAGCGCAGCGCCCAGGCGGAGUUUGCGCAGCGGCACAUUCCCGGUGCGUCGUUCUUCGACAUCGAUGCCUGCAGCGACCAGAACUCCGGGCUGGAUCACAUGUUACCGGAUUCCACCGGCUUCUCCCGGUACGUCGGAGAGCUCGGAGUCAGCAACGACACGCACGUCGUCGUGUACGACGGCAGCGACUUCGGCUCGUACAGCGCUCCCCGGGUGUGGUGGAUGUUCCGGGUGUUCGGCCACAGCUCGGUGUCGGUUCUGGACGGAGGGAUGCGGGGCUGGAUGGCUGACGGCGGCCCGCUCACUGCAGAGUCCAGCCGGCCGGAGCCCACCGACUUCAGGGCGACUCUGAACCGGUCCUGGGUGAAGACCUACGAGGAGAUUCUGGAGAACAUCAGAACCAAGCGGGUCCAGGUGGUGGAUGCCCGAGCAGCGGGUCGGUUCAGAGGCACCGAACCGGAACCAAGAGACGACGUCCUACCUGGACAUUUCCCUGGAACCAUCAACAUGCCGUUCACCAGUUUCCUGGAUGACAGUGGGAAGCUGCAUGGAGCUGAGCGUCUGUCUGAGAUGUUCCAGGAGGCAGGCGUGGACCUCCAGAAGCCUCUGUGGGCGACCUGUGGUUCAGGUGUGACGGCCUGUCAGGUAGCUCUGGCUGCUCACCUGCUGGGACACCCCGGGGUUUGUAUCUACGACGGGUCCUGGAGCGAGUUCUUUAUGAAAGUGUCUCCAGAGUACAUCAUCUCUGAAGGAGAAGCCAAGAAGGUCUGAAGCAGCAGGAUGAUGCUGGAGUCUCUUCUGGAUUAGACCAGACCACCUGUAGCAGAGAGCUGUAGUUGUGAUAUUUUACUAAUCUCAGAUGUGAUCAGACCUGUGAUCGAUCCGUCAGCUGAUGGGAUGUAAGCGAUGCUGCUGGUGGCCUUAAGAUGAAACGUUUGCUGUUUGGACGGCACGGCUGCAGUUUUAGAUCCCAUCACGACAGGAUUUUAAAUCUGCUGUUUAAUUUGUUUUAACCUGGAAAAAUGAGCCAGUUUGCAGCUUCACAGACCGAUAAAGUGUCAUUUCAUCUCAAACCUCCACAGACGUCUGCUUUGACCGUCUCUGGUCUGUCUGAAACUUUUACGUCAUAAAAUAUGGACUUUAUUUUUAUAGAUAUUUGUGAAAGUUUAGGCCUUUAGAGAUAAGAUUGUUUUGUUUUUUUUAGAAAUUGCCCAUUGAAAUCUGAAAAAACUGAAGCCAUCAUGAAAAGUUCCAUCUUUGAGAGCACAUUACCAAAAACCAGAAUUCAUGUCCUGAUCCAGUAUUACAGAUUCUGAAUCAGUGACAUGAUGAGAAAUGAGUGAAACUUUCAGCUUUUUAUCUUUAGUAGGUCCUCAGAUAUUGUUGCUCAAACAGACUCAGAUUUUGGCACUGUGUCGACAGGUGAGUUUUAGCUGAUAUAUGCAGAUAGAUUUUCACAUUCAUCUUUAUAAAUAUCCAUUUUAUGGAGAAAUAAGAAUUUCAGACAAGUGUGAGACGACGGAGCAGAAGCAGUUUGACGUUUGGUGAUUUGAGACGAUCUUAAAUGGAGCAUGCUGGAUCAUUACUUCAGAUGUGAUGUUACAGAGUUGAUGGAAACGACAUGAACCUCACAGUGUCCUUCAUCCUGAUCCUGAUCGAUGGCACACAUCUCUACAUGUCACCUGAUAAACUCAGCAGGGACACUGAGCAGCUGUUACAAACACCUCACUGCUGUUACAGAAACGUUAGAAGGUUCCAGAGUACGACGUCCGAUUACAAACUACCAGUACAGAUUUACGACAUUAAAUUCAGCUCCACUGAGAGCUCAAUGAAACUAAA